AUGUUGAGGAAAAGACCCUCUCCAAUGAUCGGAAAAUUAUCAGAACUCUUGGUUUCUGGCCACCGUAUCAUGGACACCACCGGAAGUCCAAGAGGUCCAUUAGACACAAAGAUGCCACCAUCACCAAGAGGUUUAAAAAACUACGACCUUAGUAGCGUUGGUCUCAAGAUCGUUGCAGCUCUCGACAACAACAAAACAUGUGAUGUUUUGCCUAAACACGCUGUUUGUACAUCGAAUUUGAAUCGAUCAAGACCCAUCCAAAUUCAAUCUGUGAAAAGCCCAGACGGGUUGCAAAUGGAUUAUUCAAGUAUGGAAGAAGAUGAAGAAUACACAUAUGUCACAUGCCAUGUACCUAAUAAAACCUUCACUAAGGUUUAUUACGACGGUGAAGUUCGGAGACAACAAGGUUACAACAACAAUAACAACAACGUUGUCGUGAGAACAUCCGAACCGGAACCAUUAUUUCCAACACCAAAUUUUCUUAAUUCAUGUCACUUAUGCGGAAAGAAUCUACAUGGAAAAGACAUAUACAUGUAUAGAGGAGAGAAAGGAUUUUGUAGCACAGAGUGUCGUUCGAGUCAAAUAAUGAUGGAUGAACGAAAAGAGAGAUGUGGUUCAGAAGCUGUGGAAUUGUCGAGUUCACCAUACACAAGGGGUCAAAUAUUUUCAACUGGAAUUCUUGCGGUUUAA